CCCGCGGCAGCGACGGCGCCUGGCCAAUGGAGAGGCGCGGCCCCGGGCGCCGCGCACGGCCGCCGGCAUUUAAACCGGAGACUGCGCGAUGCCCCGCACUCGGUGCGCCCACCGCGGACCGGGCGACCCAGUGUGCGGCGAGAGCGUUUCUCUCCAUCCGGCUGACCCCGCGCCGAGCCCCGGAGGCUCGGGCCGCGGCCGCACACCGCGCCACGCGUCGAGAGCGCAGCCCCGACGACCCGCCGCACUGACAGCAUGAGCCGCACCGCCUACACUGUGGGAGCCCUGCUUCUCCUCUUGGGGACCCUGCUGCCAGCUGCUGAAGGGAAAAAGAAGGGGUCCCAAGGUGCCAUCCCCCCGCCAGACAAGGCCCAGCACAAUGACUCCGAGCAGACUCAGUCUCCCCAGCAGCCAGGCUCCAGGAACCGGGGGCGGGGCCAAGGGCGCGGCACCGCCAUGCCCGGGGAGGAGGUGCUGGAGUCCAGCCAGGAGGCCCUGCAUGUGACAGAGCGCAAGUACCUGAAGCGAGACUGGUGCAAAACCCAGCCGCUCAAGCAGACCAUCCACGAGGAGGGCUGCAAUAGCCGCACCAUCAUCAACCGCUUCUGCUAUGGCCAGUGCAACUCCUUCUACAUCCCCAGGCACAUCCGGAAGGAGGAAGGCUCCUUUCAGUCCUGCUCCUUCUGCAAGCCCAAGAAAUUCACCACCAUGAUGGUUACACUCAACUGCCCCGAACUACAGCCACCCACCAAGAAGAAGAGGGUCACGCGAGUGAAGCAGUGUCGUUGCAUCUCCAUCGAUUUGGACUAAGCUGGGACACCCCACUUGUCCUAGGGAUGCAGCCCCAAGCGGGCCCAGAGCCAGACAUAAAACGACCUGAUUCUAACCUUGGCUUAAACCUAGAGGCAAGAAGAACCACCAGCUGCCUCCUGACAGGCGCCUGCUAGUGUGUAGUUUGUGUGCAUGAGUGUGCAUGGGUGCCUUUGGAUAUUUGCAGACACCAGAGGAAACAGUCUCUGCUAGAGGCCACUUCCUAUUACCUAAACAAAUCCGCUUCCUUAGGGGAUGGCACAGAAAGCCCACACCACCCGAGGCACAUUAGAAGGGGGAGGGCUGUGAUCUGGUUUUGGCUUUGUCCUCCGCAUGCCCUCCUGGGGACCAGAAUCUCCCUUCAGAAUGAGAGUUAAUGGAAGAGGCUACUCUGAGGGCAAGAGACCUGUUGUAGUGCUGUAUUCAACCUGUGCUUGCUUCCUCCCUCCCUCUCUCCCCACAUCCGUGGUCCAUCCCUGGUUAGGAUCUCAGCGACCAUUUCAGUCUAAUCCCCUAUUGCCAAGGGAUUGAGGCGAGGACCAGUCGAGCCCAAAAAAAAUGCAGUGGAGAGAUGUGCAGUCUUGCAAGGCCAACCCCCAAACACACUGAGACCCAUGUUUUAGCAAGUUGUCCCUGGUAUUUAACAGAACCCAAGUGAACAGAGGAGAAAUGAAAUUGUCAAAAAAAAAAACGGUCAUUAAUUUUGGCUGUCCCUGUGAUCUGCUGAAAAGUAGUUGUAACCCAAUGUUGAAUUUAAAACAUAAUAUUGACCAAAAUAUUUUCAGAACCAAAUGAAUGAGCUAAACCAAAACAGCCCCUUCCUGCUUUGCCCCGCAGAUGGACGAUAGAUGUAGAUCAGAACCCCCUAUACAGGGAUAGGAAAAAACCAAAAAACCAAAAACCUCAUAAUCAGAAGGUUCUAGUGUCUUUCUUUUUGCUUGGUUAUAAUCACCUCUUUCCCACUUCAUUAUUUCUGUGUAAUGCUUCUGAGAGCCAUCACCCUGUAUUAUAAAGAUUCUUCCUCUGCUGAACAUACCUGGCAGUGAAGAACUAGGCUAAAAUGAGAGCAUUUAGGGCCUGCUCCAUUUUUGCUAGAAGUAUAUUUUGGUCUUUUUUUUUUAGUCAUUGGUAGGAGUUUGAGCUGGAGAGCAGAGGAGCAUAAGGACGCGAAGGAGAUUGGCUCUGGCUAAGGGGUAGUUUGAUGCCUGGCUGGAGCUGUGAGGGCUAUGACCACCCUUUCUUCCUUUGCCCUCUGAGGGUCUUGUGGGAAAUCACAGGUAAGAAAUCAGAGCAUUUGGGUUCAUUAGCUGCCCAUCUACUGCUGGUGGGAUUCGUGUAGCUUUGUAACUGUUCAGAACCUACUGGUAGAGGCUGUCCUCUGAUUAAACUUAGGCUAUUGGCAAUAACUACUUAGGAUUUAGCUAAUGGCCAAAGUGUGCUGUAGGUGAACCUUGCUGCAUUUUGGGUUUGGCUAACCUGUUCUCUUCAAGUCCGAUGUUUUUUAUAUGCCCCACCCCAACACGGUUUUUGCCUUGUAUCUUCUCAGCCUCACUAGCCCAGUCACGUGUAAUGUGGGAAACAGACACCAUAGACUUACGUUUCAGUUGCCCAUCAAGGCUCCAGCAUUCAAAGAAACAUUGCAACAAAAGAGGCCGUUUCAUGUUUGUGUGGGUUCAGUGCUCUCCCAUCUAACAACUAAACAGGAACUGUACUUUGAGGCAGAAGUUAUUUUGAACCCCCAAAAUAUGGGGCCUAAUUUUAAAACUUGUAAUCUCACUACUGAUGAUCCUACACUAGGUAAAUUUGUGCGGACACAUAGUCUGUGCAUUUUGUAUACACUGUAUGCCCUUGCCCUAAAUCUUUCUAUCAUCCACAUCCUCUAGCAAUAAAGCACAGAAUGGAUUUAAUUAAGCACACAAAUGCUAAGCCAGAAUUUUGAGGGUGGGGGAGAGGAAGAGCAACGGGAAGGAGCUGAAAAUGUAAAACCACACUAGAGAGGAAAAAUGACAUUUAGAACCAGCAGACACUGAGUUUCUCUUGUCUUAACUCGGCCACAAGCAUGCAAUCGUGUAAAAAAGAGAUGACUUACAUUGGCAGCACUAAUAUUCUUUGAGUAGCUUGUACAGCAGUCUUGCAUGUAAGUCAAAUUCGACUUAGGUAAAGAGAAUUUCCUCAAAAUUAACUUCACUGGGAUAAUCAGCAUAACUGUCCUAAAAACACAGCACUAGCCAAAGAGGGAAAUGUCUGCUUUUCUUACUGUACCUAUAUUAAGACUAGCACAAAUACGUUGUGUCUUCCAACAUUUAUUGAGAGUGCCAUAUCUGUUACAUAUUUUAUUGGAGUCACUGAUGAUGUAAUGAUGUUUUUUCAUUACUAUAGAAUUUUUUUUUAAUGGCAAGAUAUCUGCAGUCCCAGUCUUUUGUAUUAAAAUAAUGCCAAACACCAAAUACAACUAUUACGAUAUACACUUUGUGCUUGGCAUUAAGUGAGAAAAACAUACAUCCUGCAAGUCUGUAAGUUGUUUUUUGGGUUUUUUUUUGUUAUUGUAGUUCUUCAAAGUUCAAAAUGUAAGUGAGAAAUCUGGAGGAAAGGAUAAUUUCCACUGUGUGGAAUGUGAAUAGUUGAACAAAAAGUUAUGGUUAUUUAAUGUAAUUAUUAAUUCAAAUCCUUUGGUCACUGUGAUUUCAGGCAUUUUUUUUUUCUCCUUUAUUUGACUUCCUUUGAGUUGAGCAAAGAAGAGGCUGGCACAUUUUAUGCUGUUGGAGGCUUUUAUCAGGUCAGAGGGAAAGAAUAAAAUCUUGACACAUCUGAACAUGCAUUACAAAGUUAAGACCUGAGCUUUUAUUAUUUUUUUUUAAAUUGAAUGUUCCUUAAAGGUUAACAUUUCUGAGGCAAUAUUAAGAAUAAUUUUAAAUGUAAUUUGGAAGACUUAUGAUAUGUGUAUACAAACAAAUAGCAGAUGAUAAUGAAUAGUUCACAAGUCCUUUUAAGGAGAAAAUCUAAAAUGAAAAAUGUAUGUGCAGAACAUUUAUAAAUGACUAGUUAACGCUUAAGAGUGAAAGUAGUUCUAUUGAUUUGUCAUUCUCAAGAUAUUUAAUAUCAACUGCAUUAUGUAUUAUAUCUGCUUUAAUCAUUUAAAAACAACAGAGGAUUAUAUAGACUAUGGUUGAGGUACUUUGCUGUGUAUGAGGAUGAGAGGGGAUUUGAUAGUCUCAUAAAAGCGAAUUUGGUUUAAAGCAAAAUUUUAUGAAUCAGUUACUAGAAUUUAAUUUCAUCCAAAUUAUGUUCUAUAUAACCUUCCCCAAAGAGCAACCAAUAAAUUGAACCUCU